CUUAUCGUUAGCUUUAGUAGCUAGCGUUUGGUAUUUAUUAAUUUAUUUUUAAGCACAAUUGUUACUUGUCCACACAGAUACGUGUGUUUUAUUUUAUUGUUGACUUCACACUGUUUUACAGCGUUUGGGAAAGCUCUCCAGGCCCUGUCACGGAUCGGAGAGGAGCUGUGGUUGGAUCCCAUGAUGAAAGGGUUGGCAGUGAGGUCGGUGAACUCGGCUCAGUGUGCGUAUGCCUGCUUUCUGUUUUCACCGCUCUUCUUCCAACACUACAGUCUGGGAUCAGGAUCAGAGCAGAGCAGUGAAACCAUCAAAUGCAAACUGGCGAUGAAGUCUGUUCUUCCACUUUUUCGAUGUUUGACCUCCAUUGAGCGGAAUGUUGAACGAUGUCAGUUGUCAAUCAGCGUUCCAGAUGACCGAGUAGUAAUCCAGUUUUUCUGCAGACACGGCAUCACGAAAACCUACAACCUGGGUUUCCAGGAAAGCGAGGCUGUGCAGGCAGUGUUUGCGUCACAUCUCUGUCCCAAUGUGCUGAAGGCUCCGGCCAGGCUUCUCACUGAUAUGGUCAUGCACUUCCCACUGUCCCAGGAGGAAAUCACUUUGUCCAUGACUCCGCUGAGAGUCAGUCUGCGAAAUUACAACGAGGGAGGAAGUGGUCACAUGAAGAUGACGUGCACGGAGAUGUCCUUACACCCAGAUGAGUUUGACUACUUUCAACUCGGCGUGGACUCCGACGUAACCUUCUGUCUGAAGGAGUUCAGGGGUUUGUUGUCUUUUGCAGAGUCACUCUGUCUUCCAGUGUCUGUCCACUUCAGUGCUGCAGGAAAACCUGUGUGCUUCUCUGUGGAGGACAUGGUUCUGGAGGCCAGUGUGGUGCUGGCUACUCUUACCGAGUCUGAGAGCAAGGACCCUUCGCAGUCCACAGAGACCCCGAUCCCUCCGUCACUGAGGUGUGGAGACGUAGCUGCUCCUCCUGUGGGUUCACAUGAGGCCGAUUGCGGUAAAUGUCUGGAUGUGACAGAAAUAGUAGCAUCCAGCCAGGGCAGCCCUGUGACCGAGCUACCGAACUACCUGAUGGACCUUCUGCCUCGGCCUGGCGCCUCUGACAGAACUGCUGUACCUGGCGAGGAGGCCUAUAGUCCUGCCUCCUCCACGAUCUGCUCACUCCUGUUCAGGGCGUUGUCCUCGCCACAACAGGAGCGCGAAGGCUGCGCCGGCCUGCUGCCAGUUUUAGCACAUUACAGUGAUGAAGACGAGGACGUGGGGGAAGAAGCCAGAAGAAGCCCUUUGCUUUAAGGACAAAGGUUGUCCAGGUGAUGGACAUUAACGUACCUGAAGUGGUUCUAGCUUAUUGUGUUGUGAAGUUCUCUGCACUGUUAAACUGGAAAUUACAUUUUAGCACGCAUGGCUUCGUCAUUUGAAAUUUAAUUGCGUUUGUUGAAGGAACGUUGGAAGAGUUUGAGGUUCGAUAGAAACCUGCAGCCUGAGGAAUGUGGGAGGAGUUUUUGUGAUUGUUUGAAGGUCACGGCCCUGAACAAGCAGAAUUCACAAAUAAGUCAAGUGGAAAUUAAUCCCAAAUUAAA